AUGGGGGACUCUCUGAGCCCUGAAGAGAAGCUAAACCUUAUCACCCGGAACCUGCAGGAGGUUCUCGGGGAAGAGAAGCUGAAGGAGAUACUGAAGGAGCGGGAACUUAAAGUUUACUGGGGGACAGCAACUACAGGCAGGCCCCAUGUGGCUUACUUUGUGCCCAUGUCGAAGAUCGCAGACUUCCUGAAAGCAGGAUGUGAGGUAACAAUUCUGUUUGCAGACCUGCAUGCAUACCUGGAUAACAUGAAGGCUCCGUGGGAACUUCUAGAACUUCGAACCAGCUAUUAUGAGAAUGUGAUCAAGGCAAUGCUGGAGAGCAUUGGGGUGCCCUUGGAGAAGCUCAAGUUCAUCAAAGGCACUGAUUACCAGCUCAGCAAAGAGUACACGCUGGAUGUCUACCGCCUUUCUUCUGUGGUCACACAGCAUGAUGCCAAAAAAGCUGGAGCUGAGGUGGUAAAGCAGGUGGAGCACCCUCUGCUGAGUGGCCUGCUGUACCCGGGGCUGCAGGCCUUGGAUGAAGAGUAUUUGAAAGUGGAUGCCCAGUUUGGAGGUGUUGAUCAGAGAAAGAUUUUCACCUUUGCAGAGAAGUACCUCCCUGCACUUGGUUACUCAAAACGAGUCCAUCUGAUGAAUCCUAUGGUUCCAGGUUUAACUGGCAGCAAAAUGAGCUCUUCAGAAGAGGAGUCCAAGAUUGAUCUGCUUGAUCGGAAAGAGGAUGUAAAGAAAAAACUGAAGAAGGCCUUCUGUGAGCCAGGGAAUGUGGAGAACAACGGUGUUCUGGCCUUCAUCAGACAUGUUCUCUUUCCCCUCAAGUCUGAGUUUGUGAUCCUUCGAGAUGAAAAAUGGGGUGGAAACAAAACCUACACAGCUUACUUGGACCUGGAAAAGGACUUUGCUGAUGAGGUCGUACACCCUGGAGACCUAAAGAAUUCUGUUGAAGUUGCCCUGAACAAGUUGCUGGAUCCCAUCCGGGAGAAGUUUAAUACCCCUGCUUUGAAGAAACUGUCCAGCGCUGCUUACCCAGAUCCCUCAAAGCAGAAGCCAGCUGUCAAAGGCCCUGCCAAGAAUUCGGAACCAGAGGAGGUCAUCCCAUCCCGGCUGGAUAUCCGUGUGGGGAAAGUCAUUAGUGUGGACAAGCACCCAGAUGCAGACAGCCUGUAUGUGGAGAAGAUUGAUGUGGGGGAAGCUGAGCCACGGACUGUGGUGAGCGGCCUGGUGCAGUUUGUGCCCAAGGAGGAACUACAGGACAGGCUGGUGGUGGUGCUGUGCAAUCUGAAACCCCAGAAGAUGAGAGGAGUCGAGUCCCAAGGCAUGCUCCUGUGUGCUUCUAUAGAAGGGGUAAACCGCAAGGUUGAGCCUCUAGACCCUCCUGCAGGCUCUGCUCCUGGUGAGCGAGUGUUUGUGAAGGGCUAUGAGAAGGGCCAACCGGAUGAAGAGCUGAAGCCCAAGAAGAAAGUCUUUGAGAAAUUGCAGGCUGACUUUAAAAUUUCUGACGAGUGCAUUGCACAGUGGAAGCAAACCAACUUCAUGACCAAGCUGGGGUCCGUCUCCUGUAAAUCGCUGAAAGGGGGGAACAUCAGCUAG